AUGAAUGAUAUCUACCAACGACUUCAAUUCCACUGGGAUAACACCCGCCAACGACUUAUUGACAAUGGCAAUCCGCCUUGGUUGUUGAAUAAAACGAUAUUUCGAUUGACAACCGCCUUGAUGGCGAUAAUCGGACUGGCACUCUUUGGCGCAGCGAUCAAGCCAUGGGGAGAGAAUUUCGAGCAUGUCAGAGGAACAGUGAAGGGAGACUGGCAGGACGCGCUGGCUUUGUGUUCGCUUCUACUCUCCUUUCUGUACAAUACCCUCAGUAUCCCAUGGGUAUUCUGGCAUGCGCGACCUGUUCACCCUCUUCUCGACUGCAAUGCAGAUUUCACCGUUUGGAUAACGCUGGGCGUUGGUGUGGUCUUCGCAGGCUGGGGAGGGGCGUUUAAUCUCUGGCAUUCGAUAACAUCCUCAGACGAGAUACGCUGUGUGGGAUGCUCUCCGGUGUUGUAUGAGAUUGGAAGAUUGGAAUUGGCAGGAUUGUGUUUUGGAAUUAUUGUCUGGACAAUGACUACUCUUCUCCUGAUACAUGGAUGCGUCCAAGCAGUCCGUCUAUAUCGAUAUGGAACUGGCCCAGCUGGGUUUUUCAAUCUCGAAGGAAACACUUAUUUCAUGGAUGAGAAGGAAUCGCAGCGGAUGAUGAUGGAGGAAUGGCUGCCAUCGCAGCUGGAUAUGCCUCGACCUCCACCCAAGACGUGGUCAAAGUAUCGCAGCAUGCAUAAUGGUCGGAUGGACUUUUAUGAUCUGAGAUGA